CUAUCUAAAGCUACUCUAUCUCUAGGGUGCAAAUUAUUUUGAGAUGCAACGUGCAAUCUACCACGGUCGUACGUUUAUUGACCGGUCAAAAUUAAGUAGGAUUCUUUCGUCCUUUCAUGUCCUUCGUCUCAGCCACACAAGCAGAGGCACAAGCAUGAACUUUUGCUUCUUCGUUCUUCUUCGUCUUCCUAUGUUUUCUAUUUUCUAUUUCAAUUUGAAUUCUUUAUUUUUGUUGAAAUCGUUUGCUGUCUGAUUUUUAGCCAUUUUCGGAAGCCCUAGCUCUCUGCAAUUAUCUGCAACUGUGAGAAAGAGGGCCUUCAAACUGAAUAGCUAGCUCUCAACCUUGUAGUUGGUGUCGAAGAGCGACUCAUAGAGUUGAAGCUUGCCGAAUUUUGAAAAAAGACAAUUUCUUGUUGCACUUUCAUGGAGAAAUAGCAAUUCAUGGAAACAUUUAGAUUCUGAAUCUUUAUCUUGCAUGCCAAGGCCAACUACUGAUGUUUAGGAGCAACAAUUUGGAUUCUGAAACAUUUUUUGUUGAAUUCAAUAAUUUGCUUGAUUUCAGCUUGUACUGAUGUUUAGGAGCAACAAUUUGGUUGCCAGAAUUUUUGAGCGACAAAUCAGCACUCCUUCUCCCGGCACUAGUGUUCAUUGUGCUAGGCGUUUUUAUGAGAAUUUAGUUCCUAGUCACACCAUAUAUGAUGUUGAGUGCCCAGACCAUUUAUUCCGCAAAUUCACAGAUGAUGGCCAAUACCUUGUAUGUUUCAGUAGAAAUCAUCAGGAGCUGAUUGUUUAUAGACCAACAUGGCUUUCAUUUUCAUGCAAAGAAGAAGAUUGUGAUAUUCAUGAUCUUCCCACAAAAGCAAAGAGGUUUGAUAGCUUCUUUACCCAACUGUAUUGUGUUUCAUUGGCUUCCACCAAUGAAUAUAUAUGCAAGGAUUUCUUCAUCUACAUGGAGAGUAACCAAUUUGCACUAUUUGCUACUUCUACUGCACAAAUUCAUGAUGCACCUGCCGUUGGAGGAGCUAUUCAGGGAGUUCCAUCAAUAGAAAAGAUCACUUUUCACCUCCUGAGAUUGGAAGAUGGCAUUGUACUGGACGAGAAGGUUUUCCAUGAUGAUUUUGUUCAUUUGGCUCAUAAUAUGGGUGUCUUCUUGUAUGAUGAUCUACUUGCUAUUGUUUCACUCCGUUAUCAAACAAUACACAUUCUUCAAAUUCGAGACUCCGGUAACCUUGUUGAUGUAAGAUCAAUUGGAGCAUUUUGUCGUGAAGAUGAUGAACUUUUUCUCAAUUCUAAUGCCCAGUCCAUGAAUACUCAUGAAAAAGGUAAGCUGCAUCAGCUACCUGAGAACCAUGUGGAGAAUGGUUUACCUCACAACCAGCUUACUUCAGAAAAUACUUUUCUUAGUGGCAUCAAACAGAGAUUGCUUUCAUUCAUUUUUAGAGGAAUAUGGAACGAAGAAACAGAUCCCAAUUUGAGAGCCCAAUAUGUGAAGAAGAAGUUCUAUUUCCACUUUCAAGACUAUGUUGACUUGAUCAUUUGGAAGGUACAAUUCUUAGACAGACACCACCUCCUAAUCAAGUUUGGCAGUGUAGAUGGAGGGCUUCAGAUGUCACGAAGUGCUGAUCACCACCCAGCUUUUUUUGCUGUAUAUAACAUGGAGACAACUGAGAUUGUAGCUUUUUAUCAGAAUUCAGCAGAUGAGCUUUAUCUCAUGUUCGAGCAGUUCUGUGACUAUUUCCACACAACUUCAAGAAGCUCAUUGCAUAUGAAUUUCAUAUCAUCCCACUCAAAUAGCAUCCAUGCUCGAGAGCAACUAAGAUGUGUUAAAAAUAAAACCACUAGUUCUUCACAGUUUGUGAAGAAGAUGCUGGCCUCGCUCCCUAUUAGUUGCCAGUCGCAGAGUCCUUCUCCCUAUUUUGACCAAUCUCUUUAUCGGUUUGAUGAAAAGCUGAUUUCUGCUACCGAUCGGCAUAGACAGUCAACAGAUCAUCCCAUCAGGUUCAUUUUAAGAAGGAAACCAAACACUGUCAGAUUUAAGAUCAAACCAGGUCCUGAAGGUGGAAGCAUGGACAGUCGAGGCAAAAGGAUAUCUUCAUUCCUCUUCCAUCCAUCUUUGCCACUGGCUCUCUCCAUUCAGCAGACUUUGUUCAUGCAGCCAUCAGCUGUGAAUGUUCACUUCCGGAGAUGAAUUUCAAUUUCUUUUGCUGGUUUUCAUCUCCAAAUUGUGAACAGAGCUUUAGUGAAAAUAUGUAGUUGUUGACCAGAAAAAAAUGAAAGAAAACUAUCUAGUUAGAUUGAGAAAGUUGUAUAAUUAUCUGGUGUCUAUAUGCAAUAAUAAUGUAUUUUUGGCAGUGAGCACUACGGCGGUACUUUUUUUGUCUUAUAAUAUUAUUAUCUGAUUUUUUGUUUUA